AUGCUGGAAGCUUUUGCCAAUGGAGACCUCUCCUUGGCACAAAAAUAUCAGGUAUGAUAUUUCUAACUGAAGCUGAUGACAGUGGAUCAUAGUAUGAUAACAGAUUCCUCCUUCCUUUUGUAUACGGGUAACUCCUAACUUACACUGGCAGCCCAGGACCUCCAUAGGCACUGCCCAGGCUUGCACCCCAGAGAGGUCACCUGGGUGCUGCUAACGCAGCCGUUUGACUUCACCCCUGGAGGUGUACUCCAUUGUCUCUUGAGACAGAUGAAUGCCAUCAACUCUAUUCAGCUUUACGCACUUAGCCAAAAAAAAAUUAAGGGGGGGAUGGCAACCCCACCCACCAUUUAACCCAUUGUGUUUUGACUAUACACGAUUUUGGCAUUAUGCUCUAUCCCCGGAGUAUAACACACACCCACCCGUAAGUUGUACGGUACAGAUAACACACACUAAAAGUAGUGUGCCUCUCCCCUUUACCCUUCACUCAGCUUGGGACAAUGGGCAAAUGGGAACAGGUUUCUUGACAUGUAUCACUUGCUGAAUGAGGAGCACCUGUCCUGUAUUUGCAAACAGUUGGCGUGGGACCCAUAUGACCUAGCUGGCACUCUGCCAAAAAUGUAAAUAAACACUUUCAUUGCACCCACCUCAGAUCCUGUGUGCACUUCCCUUCCCAAUCCUUCAUUGUUCCCUCUCCCCUAAUUACCUGAUAACACUAUGUAUACCACCUCCAGUUUAACACUGUGUAUACCACCUCCAGUUGCCCUACACCUUUUUUAUUACCUAUAAUAAAAUUAAUAAACUUAUUUUCUGUCUCUUAGUGCAGUACCCAGGAACUAAUCAGCUUUUUCAUGGCACAGGGUAGGUACCACAGUAGACCGAAUCCUUUUCUGCCCAUCAGACAUGGUUUAUCCAACGUGCUUGAAUGCUUCUGAAUUUCCUUUUUUAAAAAAAGCUUUUAUUGCCCAAGAAGCGCAGAUACGUUCUGAAAGACUCCAUUUAACUUUCUCUCUCUCCAUUUUUCCUUUGCAAAUUGCCCCUUGCACUUUCUUCAAAUGCAGCUUUUCUCAUGGGAGUAGCCAGGAUUUCUGUUAGGAGAGGGCAGAACCUCAGAUUUGUAUUGGUUUUUAUUGAUUUUUAUUGAUUUGGGGGGAGAGCUUCCUCUGGCCCUCCUUGGCUACGCCCCUGGGUUUUCUCCUACUGCUUUGAUUUUCAGACCUCGAUUUCUUUUCCAAAUACAUUUCUUUAAAAAUAUAUAACAUUACUAUAAGAUUAUAGUAACAAAUUAUUUGCACUCAAGUGCUUACACUAAAGUGUAUGUACUCUAUGCUAACCAUCUAGCAGCUUGUACAUUUGAACUAUGCCUCAGAUUUCAUCUGUAGAUAUUCCAUUGUGUAUCUAUUUGUAAUAUUAUCUUGUUCGCUGCCAUAGCAUUUAGCCAGAUUCCCCAAAUGUUUAGCAACAGUAACGCUCCAUGUCAGGCAGUAAAUGCAUGUCACGUGUGGUAUAGUCAGCCCUAGAAUUUUGAGAGCUCAUAUGACAUUGUCAUGUUGAAUCAGUAAGUUCCCACGUGGAAUCUCACCUCUGCAUUGAGCUUACUGGGAAGCCUUUAGGCAGGCCAGUCUUUCAAGCCUUCUGCUGCCCCAGCUGCAAUAUGAAGACAUCACAUUGGGCAAAAGAUUCCUGCAUUGCAGGGGAUUGCACUUGAUGACCCUUGUGGUGCCUUCCAACUCUAAAUUCUAUGAGUUGGUUGUUCUUUUGUCUGACUUGCAGGGCUAUAGUAAGAAUUAAAGGUAAAGGGACCCCUGACCAUUAGGUCCAGUUGUGGCUGACUCUGGGGUUGCGGCGCUCAUCUCGCUUUACUGGCCGAGGGAGCCGGCGUACAGCUUCCGGGUCAUGUGGCCAGCAUGACUAAGCUGCUUCUGGCGAACCAGAGCAGCGCACGGAAACGCCGUUUACCUUCCCGCCGGAGCGGUACCUAUUUAUCUACUUGCACUCUGACGUGCUUUUGAACUGCUAGGUGGGCAGGAGCUGGGACCGAACAAUGGGAGCUCACCCUGUUGCGGGGAUUCGAACCGCUGACCUUCUGAUAGGCAAGUCCUAGGCUCUGUGGUUUAACCCACAGCGCCACCCACGUCCCUUAUAGUAAGAAUUACAACAAACUAAAAGCUUAGAACACUGGAAAACCCAAUAAAUCUGAUUACAAUAUUAUGUUUUAACUUUUCUGUCAAAAACAUUAAAUAAUUAAAGGUUGGGGACUAGUCAGUUGGCUAAAAGGUUGGGGGCAAGGGCCAGACUUCCUGAGAGGCAGUAAAUCAUAGGGUUUCUCUCCCCCUGCUCUUUUAUGAAAAGAAAUUAUUUUAGUCACAUCCCCACUAUACAUUGUAAAGCACUCUUGUAACAGUUGUGGCUUUCCCUCAAAAUCUUGGGAACUGUCGUUUAAGGGUACUAGUCUCACAUAGCUACAAUUCCCAGCACCCUUAACAAACUACAGUUCCUAAGAUUGUCCAUGACUUUUGAAUUGGUAUGGGUGCUUUAAAUGUAUGGUGUGGCUGUGACCUCCAUCAUCGACUAUAGAGUGGGGCAGAAACUUUGUUGUGGAAUGAUUUGUGUCCUUUUUUCUUCUGGCUAGGCUUUGGCGUUGCAGAGACCAAAGCAAUCGUGACUCUGCUUUCAGGGAUACCCAUGGGUCCCCCACGACUUCCACUCUCAAGUGCCUCUGAGGAGUUCAUUGCCAGUGUCAAACCCAAAUUGGAGAGCCUGAAGAACUGUUGCUACAGCUGA